AUUUUGAUGUUUAGGAUGUUAUUAUGUUUAUCUAAUUAUUAAGUAUUAUUCUAGAGUAUUUUUUUUUAUCUUUGGAAAAUUAACAACGUAACUAUCCAAAUGACUUGUGCCUAUAGUUAUUGUUUUUUUGUAACUUAUCGCUUAUGCAUUUCCGUUUUCACAAGGAAAGCGAACUGUAAACUUAUUCUUUAUUGCGCAUUGUUUGACUACUAAUAACGAUAUGGAGUUCAAGCACAAACAAUAUGUGUAUUUUUACUUUCAUUUUCCAAACCUUACAAAAUUGGCUUUAAACGAGAAACUUGACAUUUUUGUACUUAGUUCGUUUGUAUGAUCUUCACAGUACCAUCAGUUGUUACGCGACACUUAAAGUGGUUAUACAUUAAAAAUAUAUUAGUCAUUUCUUAGUGAAUUUUAUAAAUAAAUAAUAUUAAGUGAUAGGUUUUACAUUAUUGGUAAAAUAUGUUCAAGAUAACACAAAUUUUUACGGGGGCUUUUUGUCUGACAAUGACGAUUCAGGUUAUCAAUGCAAAUGCUAUUGAUCAAGAGCAGUUUCAGCUGCCGAAUAAGCCAGUUACGGUAGAAGCAAGAGGUUUGGAUGCACAAUCAAUGAUGUCUGGGAUCGCUCAAUCGUUAAUGAGCAGGACAGGAGGAACCAGUAGCCAAAAUUAUUGUAUUGACACGGAUGUAAAAAAAAGAAACGCCCUGGGUUACUGCAAAAUGUCUUCCCUGACUACCCUAGCCAGUCCUUGUCGAUUUUUCAAGAUGGCCACAGGACUUUGCGAUCUGCCCGAUAUUUUGUCGUUGAGCUUAAACGUGUCAAAUGUGAUGUUGAUGGUUGUUCUGAAGGCGCUUAUUUGGGGCGCCGCAUAUAUGACAGGUGGUCAUAAGGGACGUAAAGAUAACCUAUCUUUUGGCCUACAAGAUAUUAUUUCUGAGUCUGAUGUUUUAAUGUUUCUCGGAUUUUUAGUUGCUGAUGAAUCAGGGCAUUAUGAUUGUUUAAAUCGUGUAGCAUGUGAACAACCAACAAAAGCCAUAAGCUAUUUGAAAAGCGCUGAAAUGGUUUGGCAAACUGCAAAAAUGUUUGAUGGAGUUAUUCCUUUGGAUAACAAAUACGAAAAAAUGAUGAACCGAUUACAAGAAGCGAUUGAAGAUGGUAGAGCAAAUGCCAAUUGCCAAGCUAUAUAUAAGUGUUCAGAACCUCCUAAUGAUAGAUUUAACACAGUUGAGAACUAAAACAUGCAAAUAAAAAAAUAUAUCAUGGAAUUUUAAGUCUGAUAGAAAAACAUAUAAUUGAAAAUAAGAAAUGUAAUAUUAUACUUUCACAUAAAAUUAAGUUCUUUUUUUGAAUAUGCUAUACAGAUAUUAAAUGAUAAGUGAUAAAACAUACAGUAUAUUUGUAAUAUUAUUAUUAUGACGCUAAGAAUAUUGUUAUA